CCUUGCAAUUGAACGACGUAAGCAACCAAACGGACACGUGUAUUUUCAUUCCCUCACUAUCCGAGCAGCUCCGAUGGCCCCCAAGAACCCCCGCAUUAUCGCCCUCUUCGACGUGGAUGGCACGCUCACGGUGGCGCGCAAGACCGCGACGCCCGAGAUGCUGGCGCGCCUCAAGAAGUUGCGUGAAAGCAUCACGAUUGGUGUUGUGGGCGGCUCCGACCUGGUGAAGCAGAAGGAGCAGCUCGGCGAGGACGUGAUCCAUAACUUCGACUACAGUUUCUCGGAGAACGGGCUGGUGGCAUACCACAACGGAAAGCUCGUAGGUGAGACGAACCUCAAGAGUCAGUACACGAACCCGCAGAUCAACAAGCUGGUCAACUUCUGCCUGCGCUACAUCGCGGACUUGGACAUCCCCGUUAAGCGCGGCACGUUCGUGGAGUUCCGUAUGGGAAUGAUCAACGUGUCGCCUAUUGGUCGCAACUGCUCGCAGGAAGAGCGUGACGAAUUUGAAAAGUAUGACCACAUCCACAAGAUCCGUGAGACGUUCGUGGGGAAGCUCCGUGCCGAAUUCCCCGAGUACAACCUGACCUUCUCUAUCGGCGGACAGAUCUCGUUCGAUGUGUUCCCGCAGGGCUGGGACAAGACCUUCUGCCUGCGUUACCUGGACGCGAAGGACUACGAUGAGAUCCACUUCUUCGGUGACAAGACCCACAAGGGCGGCAACGACUUUGAGAUCUACACGAGCGAGCGCACUGUCGGCCACGCGGUCAAGAACCCGGAGGAGACCAUCCAGAUCCUGGACCAACUCUUCCCUUAGACGAUGCCCUCUGUUCCAAAAGGCUUGCUACUAUUGAUGGGAUAUCGUACCCCGCGCAACUUAACCAUCACGCCGAGUUGCGUGUUUUAAUGCUAGUAUUAGCGCCUUGCACGUUUCCCGUUGUCUUGCUCUUCGUCAAGCAGUACAUCGUUGCCAAGAACGUUGGCCAUCGGGUCUUCACCGCGGGUCUUAAGUAACUUAUACGCCUCCAUCUCCUCCGCGUUGACCUCGUAGUUGCCCAUAGAAUUAUACUUGCGCUUCUUGUCGUC